AUGAAGCCCCAAACAAUUGUUCUUUCGAGCUUGGCUCUUUUUAUGAAUGCUGCCCUUGUGUUUGGUCUCCCAGCCCCUGAACCGACCGAAACUAGCUCGCCAGAGCCGAUUAGAGAUCUAAGUAGUAGCGUGUCCGCUCCAAUGCAUUGGACUGGUUCUAUCGAAGGCGGCCCAGAACUCAACCUGACAGGAACUCUCCAGGAAGUUUUACCACAAAUUCUCGCCCUCAAUCCUAACUGGGAGCCGCCAGUCGAGGUCGCAGGUUUGGAUUUGGUUGCACCCGACAAGGAGCUGGCCGAGGAACUUUUCGCCGCAACACGAACAACAACCGAAACACCUUCACUCGUUAAACGCUAUUUCAAAAACAGGCCAACUUGCGGUGCCAUUGAUGGAACUUUGGCUGAGGGGUGGGUGAUUAUCACCUGGGGAAUUCCCUGGCUUAGAGCUAUUGGGGAAGCAGGAGUUAUGUGCGGUGCCGAAUCAUUCACUUGUGCUAAGUGUUACUGCGAGUAUGGCUCAAAGAUCGAAUUAUGCAACGUUAGAACUACCAAAGUUGACAUUCGCUGUGAUCGACUUUCUGGUGCCGCCGGAGAAAUUGUAAAGGAUUGCGGAGAGUGGAUCGCUGGAGAUACUCUCAUCAAAGGACACUGGUGGGAUACAACGGAUUACGCCGCUGUGGUUCGGCGUUCGAACAGCGGCGCAUGUUAA